AAAAAGUUUGUCAGGGAUGGAAAAAGAGAUCAAGAUCUUAGUUGCAGAGAUUGAUCGACUGAAGAACUUUGGCUGCUUGGAAACAUCUCCAAGUUUGGAGGGACUGCGAGACGAAAACGCAAAGCUUAAGUAUCGGCGAAAGGUUCUUCAAAAGAGUCUCCAAGAGGAAAGAAAUAAGUCAACAAAAAGCAUGAUUAAUAUCAACAGCCGCCUUCAGGAGAUAUUUGGAGAUGCCAUUAAAGCUGCAUAUCCUGAUUUAGAAAAGCCUCCACUGGCAGUCACGCCAAGUCAGCAGCCCAAAUUUGGGGAUUACCAGUGUAACAGCGCUAUGAGCAUAACAAAGAUGCUUUCCAAAACCAACGAACAGAAAGUGAGCCCAAGAGAAAUUGCUGAAAACAUUUCCAGACACAUUCCUGACAAUGAAUACAUUGCGAAGGUUGAAAUUGCUGGUCCUGGUUUUAUUAAUGUGCACUUGAGAAAGGAUUUUGUGUCCAAACAACUCAGCAGUUUACUGGUGAAUGGAGUUCAACCACCAGCAAUUGAAAACAGGAAAAAGGUGGUGGUUGACUUCUCUUCCCCUAACAUUGCCAAAGAGAUGCAUGUUGGUCACCUGCGCUCAACUAUUAUUGGAGACAGCAUGUGUCGUCUAUUUGAGUUUGUGGGCUAUGAUGUUCUGAGAUUAAACCAUUUAGGAGAUUGGGGUACCCAGUUUGGAAUGCUCAUUGCUCAUCUCCAAGAUAAAUUUCCCGAUUACCUGACUGUUUCACCCCCCAUUGGAGAUCUCCAAGCCUUUUACAAGGAAUCUAAGCGGAGAUUUGAUACAGAAGAAGAAUUUAAGAAACGUGCCUACCAGUGUGUGGUCCUAUUACAGAGCAAAAAUCCAGACUUCAUUAAAGCAUGGAAGCUGAUCUGUGAUGUAUCUCGGAAAGAGUUCCAAAAAAUCUAUGACUGCUUGGAUAUUACGCUAAUAGAGAGAGGGGAAUCAUACUACCAAGACAGGAUGAAAGAUAUUGUGCAAGAAUUUGAAGAAAAAGGUAACACAUUCUUUAACAUAGAUGAUGGGCGGAAGAUUGUGUUUGUCCCAGGAUGCUCUGUUCCCUUAACAAUCAUGAAAUCAGACGGAGGUUACACAUAUGAUACAUCUGACUUAGCAGCUCUGAAGCAAAGGCUGUUUGAGGAAAAUGCUGAUAUAAUUGUUUAUGUGGUGGAUAGUGGGCAGUCGGUGCACUUGCAGACGGUAUUUGCAGCAGGACAGAUGAUUGGCUGGUAUGACCCUACGGUGACCAGAGUAGUCCAUGCUGCAUUUGGAGUGGUAUUGGGAGAAGAUAAGAAAAAGUUCAAAACUCGUUCUGGGGAUACAGUGCGGCUCAUUGAUCUCCUGGAAGAGGGGCUGAAACGAUCAAUGGACAAACUGAAGGACAAAGAGCGUGACAAGGUCCUAACUGAAGAAGAACUGAAGGCUGCACAGACAUCGGUUGCUUUUGGCUGCAUUAAAUAUGCUGAUCUCUCCCAUAACAGGAUGAACGAUUACAUCUUUUCCUUUGAUAAAAUGUUGGAUGACAGAGGAAAUACAGCUGCUUACUUGCUCUAUGCCUUCACUCGAAUCAGAUCUAUAGCACGCCUGGCCAACAUUGAUGAAGAGAUGUUGCAGAAAGCAGCUAGAGAAACAGAGAUCUUGCUGGACCAUGAAAAGGAGUGGAAACUGGGCAAGUGUAUUCUGAGAUUUCCUGAGAUUCUGCAGAAGAUCUUGGAUGACCUCUUACUACACACGCUCUGUGACUACCUCUACGAGCUGGCCACCACCUUCACAGAGUUCUAUGAUAACUGUUAUUGUGUGGAAAAAGACAGACAAACUGGAAUGAUAAUGAAGGUGAACAUGUGGAGAAUGUUGCUGUGUGAAGCAACAGCUGCUAUCAUGGCCAAAGGGUUUGACAUCCUGGGCAUCAAACCUGUCCAGAAGAUGUAACUGCCCUGCACCUGGACCACUUGUAUUUUCCUAAACUAGUUUUCUCAGCUGUCAUAGUGAAGUCUUAUUCAAAACCUCCUUCAGAAAUAAAUAACUGCCAAUAUUUCAUGGAUUGAGUUAAUGUAUACUGCCCUGUACUAGGCAUGUUAAAUUAUGUGUAGUCAAUGGAAUUUCCAUCAGUCGAUAAGGGGAGAAACUGCAGAGAGGUUAGCUCCUGGCCCAGGAGCUAACCCCUCUGCAGUUCUGCCAUAAGGGGGAGACAGAGGAACUGGGCUCUCACCCUACUAUGGGCCUCCUGCUCCUAGCCCUGUACCUCCAGUACCAGAGUUACUAGUCAACUACCCAGUAAGCACAUGCUUAUCAGUAAGCACACACUUACAUCCCUACCCUAUAGCAGGGUGGCAUAUUGUCAGUGUUGUUUUGAAGGAAACAACUUUUUACACAUGGGUGCCUGAAUAGGUCCAUAAAAUCAAGGUCAAGAAUGCAUCAGUGGUAUAACCUGGAACACAGAGACAGAACAGAACUGACAAUGUUUGCGAGCUGCACCUUUAUUAGAGGUGCUUUGUCCAGGCUAUUACAAACUCAGUACUUCAUCCAAAAGUAUUUACAGCAUAGGAAUAAGAAAGUGGUCAAAUUCUUACUCAUAUUAACAUUCCCAACUGUCAUAUGUACCAGAAGCUGUCCUAUGCACCCUAUGUUGCAUAGUCUCAUAUAAAUGUUUUUUAAUAGCUUAAACUGCUAAAGUUUAAUUCUUUAGAAAGAUGCAGUUGAAGUCAGACCAGUGAUUCUCAAACCGGGGCUGCAGGAGCCAAGUUAGCGAUCAGUAGUCCCCAAAAGAACCUUAGUAGUGUGACUUGUUUCUUUUUAAAUCAUAUUUAAACAGUGUGAUUGGAAAUAUUUAGUUUUCAUAUAUAUUAGUCUCACAGCAAAAGGACUGACCCAGGAGUCUUAGUUUAUUAGCUACCACUGGUUCAUAAGAUAAUUUAAAAGGAUCCUGAAUGGUUAAUUAAAUCACACCUAUAAAGAAGUGCAGGAGAUGCAUUAAAGAGCCAUUGGGGCUUGCUAGCUUCAGCCUGAGUACCACAGACUUAGUAUAUUUUAGUCCGGAUCUUUAAGCUAAUUUGAAGGAAGAAUGAGUGAAGUGCAGCUGAAUCUGUACAUUGUUUGCAUUUUAAGAUUUUUACUAAUUCCCUGUGGCCUCAGCAGGGGGGGUAGGUUUGUACCUUACUACUGUGGAGUUUUUCACCCAUUGCUCAGUUUAAAUGCAUUCUCAUUUCUCAAAGCCUGUAAAGAACACCAGUAAAACACUGUUUCUAAUACUA